UCGCCUUCCUUGGACUGCAGCAGAGAAACCGCUGCAUCGAAGAAGACAAGGAACAAGAAAUCUCGGCGCGAUGCCUUCCACCUCUGCUGCCGUGUAGAGAAGGAAACCGGAGGACGGACACCUCAGAGUCACCGAGCUCAGUAUGACGGAUCUGGUCCUUUCUGCUGGAUUGCUGGUGGUCUCUUCUACUGAGCUCUGACUGUGGAUCUCUCACCGAUUUGAGAUCAACUGUCUCCAUUUCAACAACUGCCCGGCUACUCCCAUCCAAUGGAAUCAGACAUCAUUACUUAAUCAUUAGUGUCCUGGCAGCUGAGUGGCUUCUCAGCACUAAUAAACUGCCUUAAGCCUCACUCUGUGUGGGGAGAGAAGACCAGAAAGGAAGAAAGAAAGAAACAGGUAGCUUACACUUGUUGCACCUGGUGGAGUCAAAGCUCUAUAGAGUUGAAUUUAAAGACUUGUAGUGACAGCUAUCCCUGUGCCAAGAUGGAUGAAACACAUAACAACAGGAAUUCCUUGGUCAAAGGUGCCAAGGACAUUGCCAAAGGAGCCAAGAGGCAAGCUGCCAAAAAUCUCAGCAAAGCUGUCGAUCGUGUCUCAGAUGAAUACUCGACUCAUCGUAGCUACAACCGUUUCCAGAACGAGGACGAAGAUGAGAAAAACUACAAUACCUACACUCAGCAGGACGGUCACUAUGCCGACAACGCAGCCAACGACGAGGACGGUGCCUCCAGUGACGCCACGGAAGGCCACGAUGAUGAAGACGAGAUCUACGAGGGGGAGUACCAGGGCGUGCCUGCCUACAAUGAUGGGAAGCCUCGGGAUGGUCAGGUGGCUCUGGGCCAGCCGGUCUCUGACAGCCUGAAGAGCCGCAAGGAGCUGGAAAAUGAAAGACAGGCAGAUGAGGAGGAGCUGGCCCAGCAGUACGAGCUCAUCAUGCAGGAGUGCGGCCAUGGGAGAUUCCAGUGGCAGCUGUUCUUUGUACUCGGGCUGGCGCUCAUGUCGGACGGAGUCGAGGUGUUCGUAGUGGGCUUCGUCCUGCCCAGCGCUGAGACGGACAUGUGUGUCCCCAACUCUGGUGCCGGAUGGCUAGGUAGCAUUGUGUAUCUGGGGAUGAUGUUUGGAGCCUUUUUUUGGGGCGGCCUGUCAGACAAGGUGGGCCGUAAACAGUGCCUGCUGAUAUCCAUGUCUGUCAACGGCUUCUUCGCCUUCCUCUCCUCCUUUGUUCAAGGCUACAGCAUGUUCCUCUUCUGCCGCAUGGUGUCUGGCUUUGGGAUUGGUGGAGCGGUACCAAUCGUAUUCUCGUACUUUGCGGAGGUGUUGGCUCGGGAGAAGAGAGGAGAGCAUCUGAGCUGGCUCUGCAUGUUCUGGAUGAUCGGAGGAAUUUACGCCUCAGCCAUGGCCUGGGCCAUCAUCCCACACUAUGGCUGGAGUUUCAGCAUGGGUUCAGCCUACCAGUUCCACAGCUGGAGAGUGUUUGUGGUGGUGUGUGCGCUGCCGUGUGUCUCUGCAGUGGUCGCUCUUACGUUUAUGCCUGAGAGCCCCCGCUUCUACCUGGAGAUGGGUAAACAUGACGAGGCCUGGAUGGUGCUCAAACACAUCCAUGACACCAACAUGCGUGCCCGUGGUGAGCCGGAGAGAGUCUUCACCGUGAACAGGAUAAAAAUCCCCAAACAGCUGGACGAGCUGGUGGAGAUGCAGAAUGAGUCAGCCAACCCUGUGUUCAAGGUCCUCUUCAAGAUCAAGGCUGAGCUCAGAGGAAUCUGGUUGACUUUUAUGAAAUGCUUCAACUACCCAGUGAAAGACAACACUAUGAAACUGGCUGCAGUCUGGUUUACUCUGUCUUUUGGGUACUACGGACUGUCUGUGUGGUUCCCGGACGUCAUCAAGCACCUUCAGGCCGAUGAGUACGCCUCCAGAGUGAAGAUUCACAACAACGAACACAUUGAAGACUUCACCUUCAACUUCACCCUGGAAAACCAGAUCCACAGGAACUCUGUUUUUCUAAAUGACAGGUUUAUCAGAAUGAAGUUCAAGGCGGUCACAUUCAUCGACUCAUCUUUCCUCAACUGCUAUUUCGAAGAUGUGUCCUCAGUAGGCUCCGUCUUCAAAAACUGCACCUUUGUAGACUCCUUCUUCUACAACACGGAUAUCAAUGACGCCAAACUAACAAAUUCCAGGGUGAUCAACAGCUCCUUCCACCACAACAAGACAGGCUGUCAGAUGACGUUUGAAGAUGAUUACAGUGCCUACUGGGUCUACUUCGUCAACUUCCUGGGAACGCUGGCGGUGCUGCCCGGAAACAUCGUCUCUGCGCUUCUCAUGGACAAAAUAGGACGCCUUAGCAUGUUGGGAGGCUCCAUGGUGCUGUCAGGCAUCAGCUGCUUCUUCCUCUGGUUCGGCACCAGUGAGUCGAUGAUGAUCUUCAUGCUCUGCCUCUACAACGGCCUCAGUAUCUCGGCCUGGAACUCCCUGGAUGUGGUCACCACUGAGCUGUACCCGACAGACAGGAGGGGCACAGGCUUUGGCUUCUGUAAUGCCAUGUGUAAGCUGGCAGCGGUGCUGGGCAACCUGAUCUUUGGCUCGCUGGUUGGCAUCACCAAGGCUAUCCCCAUUCUGCUGGCAUCGUCCGUGUUGGUUGGCGGCGGCCUGGUGGGGCUCCGACUGCCAGACACGCGUGCCAAUGUCCUCAUGUAAACCUCAACGUAGAACAGUAUGUUGUUUACCAGGUAUUUGCUCCGUUUACCGAAUAAUCCAUUUAUGGACUACAGUAUGGUUUAUUUGAAUAUCACUAAAACAAGCAUUGCUGUAAUCAUCCCAGUAUUUAUUAUUUGACAAACAAUGUUAUCAUGUCCACAAACACUCAAAUACAGGACAGUAAUUGUUAUUCUGUUAUUUCUGAGUAAAAUACCUGGUAAAUUAGGACGAAAUGCAGUUAAACCUAACAGAGAGCUGUAGAUAUAAAGAGUCUGAAGACAACAAUCAAAAGCUGCAAAUCUGCACGGUGUCAGUGGCUUUUUACCAAAGCCCUGGGCACUGUCACAGGAAUUCGAGAUGAAAAGGUUAUUCUCAUGAAACAAGCUGGAAUUAUUAGUGGUUUUAACACUCUGUAUAUCAGCAGCUCAUUAUCUACCAUGAGCUGUUUCACACGUGCAACCCACAAACGCAUGUGUCAAAGCUGCAAAAGGCUUGGGCUUCUAAAAGAAAACAUCCCCGUUCCAAAUCCUGAUCAUGUGUGCUCAGAUUAAAGGACUAGUUUGACAUUUUUGGAAAAUAGGAUGGUGAGAAUCUACCAGCAGAAGUUGGUUAGCUUAGCAUAUAAAGACUGGAUCUUUGGACAGAGCCAGGCUAGCUGUUUCCCUCUGCUUCCAGUUUUGUUGAACUAUGCCUUUAAGCACAAAUCAUUUUGUAACAGCUGAGUAUUUGUGAUUGUUUCUGUUUGUUUAGUAUCUUAUGUGUGUUAUUUAUUACCCGUGAUCAGUAUUUCAUUAAUGUUUGACGAUGUUCAAGCCUUUUGCUGCCAUUUGCAAGAAUGACAAGGCCAUAGAAAAAAAAAACAACAACGAUACAGUAGUUUAGUCGAAACUGGCAACUUCAGCAGCUACAUUUCUAAAGUGACAAGAAGUUUACAUUUUCUGCUUUUUACAGUCAGAGACUUUUGAGAUUGGAAACCUUUUGUCUGAAUGCUUCCUCUCUCCCUCUCUUGUGUCUGUGUUGUGUUCGUCUCGUGGCGCUGAGCUCACCAUGAAGGGCUUUGCUCUCCGUCGUAAUCUGAUCUGUCAAGAAGAAUUUAUACCGUAGGAAACCUCUGCUGUUAUAGAAAUCUGCUCUCCUCCUUGUGUUCGUUUUUUUUUCUCUCUCUCUCUGUCAUGGUUUCCUCAUAGUGUCUCUCGACCUGUCUUGUCCUCUUGCUCUGUUUAUCUCCUGCUGCCUUGCUGCUGAUCCCUCCAGAACUCAGAGGCCUUUCUCAAAUGUCGUGCCUCUCUCUCCAUUGAGCUUGUCUCUCCUUCCAAACCUCCCUGGAAGCUUUGCUGCUCUGUCCUGCUUUUUUGGUCUCUCAUCUCUUGAUACUGCAGUGUGUAUGUGUGUGUGUGUGUGUGUGUGUGUGUGUGUGUGUGUGUGUGAGUGUGUAGUGUGUGUGUGUCCAGACAAACACAGUGAGCAUCUCAUAUGUUAAAAGCCAAGUUUUUGGUCAUGUUUGUUUCUAAUACCAAGAAACAGAGAAUCUGAUCCACAUGAUAAAGUGAAAUUAAAAGCCAUGCAAAAAAGGGUCACUUCACCCAAAUUUAAAAAAAAAAACAAAACAAACAUUUUUACUAGUCAUGCAGAAAGCUUCAGAAUUCCUAAGCGGAGAUUUCAGCCAUCAGUGUAAUGGAGUUGAGUAAAAAUGUGUUUGUACUGCUCUAAGGCUGCGUUCAGACCAGCUUCAGCCCCUAAAACACAGGCCUGUCUGUCAUCUGAAGGGAACCAGCCCAUCAGCGUAGCAGUGUUUUGAGAUAAAUGCUAACACCAGCAUGCUAACACUCUCACAGUGUCUGUGCCAACAUGCUGAUGGGAUGUCAUUAGUUUUGCAGGUGUUUUGUCGUAAACCUAUGAACUGGACAUAUUAAACGUUUGACCUGAUGAUGGUGUUAUAUGAAAACUUAAAGGAUUACGGUUCAUCUUUUGGAGACCAGGAAUGUCAUUUCAAAAAUCUGAUGGCAAACCGUCCAAUAGUUGUUUAGAUGUUUCAGCCGGGACUGAAGUGGUGGACUGACCGUCCAUAGUGUGACUAAAAGUUCAACAGGGACGUUUCUUUUCUGGAAACUAUGUGCUCGUUUACUCUGGAUAAACAACAGAACACUGUCAACAGUUGUCAUGGGGACUGUUUCCCUGGUAAAACAUGGAUCCAGUGGAAACCGUUUAGAGCUCUGUGGAUUACCCAGACUGAUUGGGACAUUUGUCUCUGGAAAGACAUGUUACUGCUGAGUUUUUCAAAUUAGGCCACAUUGUCCAGUGCUGUGAGCAACACACACAAAAGUCCUCUCAUUCAUCUCCACUUUACUGAGGUUCAGGCAGAAAUCCUGGACGGGGAUGCUGGAGCAGCAUAAAACUAAUACCGUCUGCAUGUCCAGGUAGCACUACAGUAAAUAAAAAAUAUGUUUUUUUUGUGAUUUGGAUGAACAGACCCUUUAAAACCUCUUCUGAAUGGUACUCUUGCUGCUACAGUGUCAGUGCAUUGAUGUUAAAAUGAUUUAGGUAAUUUGUAGAAUAAAAUCCUGUGGUAUGUUCUGGGUUUGUUCAGUCGCACGAAAAGCUCAGUUAAGACAAAAGUAGAGCACACGUUUGAUUCAGUUCUUUUCCGAUCAGUUUGAAGAUGAUGAUGAUUAGUGUCAACACGCUGUGUGUGGUGGUGUUCUGUUGAUAAUAUCAUGUUUCUGAGUGCAGAGCACGACCUCCUACAUUUAGCUUGCUUCUCAUCAGGUUUACAUUUUCUUCUGAGUGAAAUGCAGCUCUGUGGAGCUACGAGUCUGAUGCUGUGUCUGUCUGCUCGUCUGCACCGUCCCCUCCUCCAAACACCGCCACCUGCGCUGAACAAACUCACUUUACAUCACUGUUUCCAAAAAAAGAAAUCCUGCAUGUUUGUUACUGAAGUCCCUCUGUUGUGUGUGUGAUUUUUUUUUUCUGUUUUGGUGUCUUAUGCUGUUCCUCUGCAGGAGGACGCAAACAUGUGAUCCCCGGGUCAAAGGUGAAUGUAUCAUUCUCGUGUGUUGUCAGAUUUGUUGUGGACAGGUGUUCAUUAUACUGAGUUGUCAUUGUGAAAGAUCAGGGCGGUGGUUCAACAGGAUGUUAUCUAGCAGGGCUGGUCAAAUCUGCUUUAAUAGAAGGUUUCCACUGAGAUUAAUCGUUAUCCUAAAGUCACUGAAGCACGAAUGGAAGUGCCAAAAUUGUGACUUUCAGAUUUGAAAACCUCUGCUGUCGAACGAUAUGUGGAGGCGUGUGUAAAAAAAAAAAUAACAGUAAUAAUAACCUGUCCUUGAUAUGAUUUAUUUUGAUAAGAAAAGGCUCAAGUGAAUGCGGUGUAAAGGUGGAUUCCUCCGGUGUCUACAUGUUGAAUAAAGAGUUUCAUUUGAA